AUGGACUCCUCAGGACGCGGCACUAAGAAGUGGCUGCCUUGUCCUGCUCGGGACGCGCCAUCUUUCAGGAAAAUGUCCCAGUCAGAUGUUCACUUUUACAUUGGACUGUCUUUGGCACUAGCUUCCACAAUAUUCAUUGGCUGUAGUUUUAUUGUUAAGAAGAUUGCCUUGCGAAGAUUGGCUGCUACGGGAACGCGAGCAGGCAUGAAUGAACUUAGCGACGGUGGGUACCAAUAUCUCUGUGACUGGGUUUGGUGGCUAGGCCUCAUCCUUAUGGGAUUGGGAGAGGCGGCCAAUUUUGCGGGGUAUACUUUUGCACCUGCCUCUCUUGUAACCCCCAUGGGAGGCCUCUCCGUCCUUGUCUCAGCGGUGUUCAGCUCCCACUUCCUUGGUGAGCGUCUCAAUUUCAUUGGCAAGAUUGGCUGCGUUGUUUGUAUCUGUGGCUCAACCAUGGUUGUUCUUCACGCUCCUAAAGAACAGGAAGUUCAAUCACUCCAUGAACUCAGUAUCAAGGUCUUAGAUCCAGGAUUCCUCACUUAUGCAAUAGCAGUCACAAUCGCAGGCGUAGUGUCAAUUUUUGUGAUCGCUCCAAAGUUUGGAACUCGCAAUCCCCUUGUCUUUGUCUUCAUUAGUGGCAGCAUCGGAUCGCUCUCAGUUAUGGCAUGCAAAGGGAUCGGUUUAGGGUUUAAGGAGGCUAUCGAGUAUGGAAUUCUCGCCAUCCUUCGGCAAUGGAUUUUCUGGUUCUUCCUGAUCGGUUUGAUUUUCUGCCUGACUGUGCAGCUGAACUACCUCAAUCGAGCCCUCGAUGUUUUUAACACAAGCAUUGUCACUCCUUUGCUUUACGUUUUCUUCACGGCCUUCGUGCUGAUCGCGUCAACCAUUCUCUUCAAGGAGGGCUCCUCACUCUCCCCCACCGAUUACAUCGGUAAUGCCGUUGGUCUAGUCUGCAUCGUCAGCGGCAUUGUCCUUUUGACGCUCUUCAGAGACAUGAAUGUGUCACUGAGCGAUUUGGUGAAAGACUUCAUGGGUCCGGUACCCACGCGUGUGAUGCACCUCAGCAGUGACCUGUCUUUCAAGCAUCGUUUUUCUCCGACUUGGUGCAAGCGAAAAAGUCGGGGUAUCCCGGAUGAGGCAUAUACGCUGCUUUCGACGUCGAAUGAAUGUUGCAGUAGCAACGAUAGCAGCCACAGCUCCUCACCUAACCACGACAUGGUAGAGUAUCCAAAGCUGGAACGUCAUCAUCAAGGAGUGCACCAGCGUACUGGGUCUGGCGCUUCAGCCUUUAACUUCGCAUCCGUUGCUGUCACUACCGAAAACUACUCCACCAUCAGUGAGACGGGCAGUGUCAAUCACUCCACCAUCUGGACCUCCAUGUGA